CUGUUUGUCUGUUUGUAUGUCUUGAAGCUACACAAUAUUUGAUAAAGGAUUUCGGGUAGAUCGAUUAUGUUUUUGCUCAUUUUCUUCAACUUAUUCCACUUCUGUCCUGCAGGAUCCCUCCCCGGGACGACGAGUCCGAAGAACCCCCUCGGCCAGGGGGCGCGGCGCCGCUCUCCCCAGGGGCGGCCGUCGAGUCGUCCGCAUUGUGGAUCCUCGUCCCUCGUCUCGCUCUUUGUCGCCGCCACGCCCCUCGCUCGCUGCCUCGUCGUCGCCCUCUCGAAGUCGCUCUGGUUCGCGCCCUUCAUCGCGACCUUCCUCCUCGGGACCCUCCUCCAGGAGCCCUUCCUCGUCCCGCUCAGACCUCCUCUCCGACGCGCGGCCCUCCUCACGCCCCUCCUCCUCACGCCCUUCAUCCCGGAGCCCAUCCUCAUCGCCCUCAAGAGGUCGCUCGCCCCGGAAAGCACCCGGACCGAAGGGCCAAGCGGAGGGCGUCAAGGACACCGAGGGAAGGAGGAUCCCCCGCUCCCCUCGCGACCGCUCGUCCCAGACAGGAGCCUUUCCACCACGAGCCGACGGAGAGGACGUCGUGAGUCUAGAGGAGAUCGAGGACGUAGUUCGGUGGGCCGAAGGCGUCCGCGAAGAGCUGCGCGGGGCGGAGGACGUCGGCGCGAUGCCCGAUCUUCUGCCGCCUUCCAGACUUUCUCUUAUCCUUCAGCAGCUGGCCGACGGCACCUUUGAUGAGGACAAAUACAUAAUUGGAAAGCGAGUCGACCACUAUAUGUCUCGCGCUACUACUAAUAAACAGGCCGCGAAGAAAGAAGGCACGGGCCUGGGGUCAGCCUCAUCCCCGACUUGGGCUCCGGAAACCCGACGUCCUCCUGGCUGCUCCACCCCAGGCUCUUCCUCGGCGCCUGCUCAGCCUCGUACUUCGCAGGGGCCCUCGAUCCCGGCGACACACCCUCCGCCUCUCUUCUCCCACCUCCCGAGAGACAUUGGCCCGAUGGCUCCUCUAGGAUCCCUGCAGGAUUUCAACUACUCCCUUCCCAACACUUACAGAAGUGAGGCAGUGAGAGCUCCCGCGAAGAAGAAAGGGAAAAAGGAAUCCCAGAAAGGUCAUAAAGUGACCGGUAAAGCUACAGACAGUGCUAGGCUGGGACAGAGAGACAAGGCAACGAGUAGUAGAGUUACCACAAAAGAUCAAGCAACAGACGGCGCCAAGGUCGUCACCAGAGACCAAGGCACGGAGGUCAGCAAGUCCUCCACACGAGACCAAGCCACAGAAAGUGCGGCACGAAGCACGAAAACAACAGGAGUGCUUACUGAUCCUGCUGUUUCUCAAGGCACCCAGGCAGGAGGAAAGCAGAGGAGGCUCCAAAUAGCCCCGCAAGGCUGGAUAAAUAUUCGGAAUGAAAAUGUUGCUGAGGUUCUUCCAGGAGUUUCCAUUAUCCCCGGAACACAUCAUGGCAGCAGGAAGCAAGCAACACACGCCCUUAUGGAGUAUGUCCAUCCGAACUCAGCCACGGAUGAGUCGGCCUCGGAGAUUGACGAGGCUACGCGCAGACGUUUCCAGAUGGGUGAAAGGAGCCCCGACAGAGAGCCCGAGAUGCUGCAGAACCCGAUAUCCGUGACACCCGAUGUAAGUCAUAUCUCUGAUGGAAACAGACAGAAUGCAGACGCUGGUGUCCAUGGGUCGGGAGAACCAGGGAUGAGUGAAGAGGAUGGCUUAAAAUUAGAACAUCUCACAGUCGACGAAUCCCGGAGUCGACGCCAAGAGGAUGGAGGAAGCAGGCCGAGCGAAUUUUCCCCUAGCUUUCAAACGGAGCCUUCCUUGCGUUCAGCUCGGGAGGAAGACAACGGCGGCGACGAAGAGGAAGGUACGCCCUUGGAGGAACGACUGAGCGAUGCGCAGAACGAAGCCGGAAACCAUGCAGCCGAACACCCACAAACAGAAUAUUUCUACGUACCUCGGGAUGACGCUGAGCAGGACGUGCCCGAAGCGAGAGUGACGGACGACUUGCCCGGGUACAUGCCCAGAGUGCAGUGGAGGGAGGUGACGAUUGACAGCAAGAUGUUCGAUGAUGAAGAGAGGAUGGAUCGAGGGAUGUUGCAGGAAGCAGAGGAACGCCUGCUAGAACACGAACGCCGUCAUCGCUUGCUUCAUAGCCUUCAAGAACGCCUAAGCAGACUGUUGCACACUGGAGCUCAACCACCAGAGGAAAAUUAUGUAACCUCAGUGGUGCCACAGGCGGAUGUUGCAGAAGAAUCACAGAACAAGUAA